UCCACCGGGGAAGCAAGUCAUCUGACUGGGGCCGAGGAGGUGAGUGGAAGGUCGGGCGGCAGCAGCGGAGCGGGGCUGCUACAGGACGAGCGACCGCCACAGCCUCGGUGUCCAGCUCCGGGCCGCAUCCCACCCGUUACCGCCGGCUGCCAGCGAGUCCGCACAGGGGCCAUGAGCUUUCUAUUCGGAAACCGUUCAUCCAGAACGUUCAAACCAAAGAAGAACAUUCCAGAAGGGUCUCACCAGUAUAAGUUACUGAAACAUGCUGAAGCCACGCUCGGCAGUGGCAACCUGCGCCUGGCAGUUAUGUUACCGGACGGCGAAGAUCUGAAUGAAUGGGUCGCUGUCAACACUGUGGAUUUCUUCAAUCAGAUCAACAUGCUGUACGGGACAAUAACAGACUUCUGCGUCGAGGAGAGCUGCCCUGUUAUGUCGGCUGGUCCCAAAUAUGAGUACCACUGGGCUGACGGGACCAACGUUAAGAAGCCGAUUAAAUGUUCAGCACCGAAGUACAUUGACUACCUGAUGACCUGGGUUCAAGAACAACUGGAUGAUGAGACGCUCUUCCCGUCCAAAAUAGGUGUUCCUUUUCCCAGGAAUUUCAUGUCGGUGGCAAAGGCCAUCCUGAAACGCCUGUUCAGAGUCUACGCGCACAUUUACCAUCAGCACUUUGAUUCCGUCAUCCAGCUGCAGGAGGAAGCGCACCUGAACACUUCCUUCAAACACUUCAUCUUCUUUGUUCAGGAGUUUAAUCUCAUCGAUCGACGGGAGCUGGCCCCGCUGCAGGAACUGAUCGAGAAACUAACCACCAAGGAUGGAUAGAAGCCUGGCGGACGAGGACCCUCUGCCUCUCUCUGUCGGCGGCACCUGGCACACUGCUGGUCGGGGGUUUCCAGAGUGCACCCUGGACAGGCAUUGGCAGAGACAGGACAUUUAUACAUGUCGCCAGAUUUGAUUUAAGCAAGUUUAUCGCGCUGUGAUGUCACCUAACGCAGGGCACUUCCCUCAUUACUUUCUGCGAUGUAAUCCACUGGAUCUGUUGGAAGGUGUAUUGCUUUACCCAUGUUCUGCAUCGGUUACUGAUCUGAAUGUUUAACUUGCUCCUGUACCCUGGGCCGGAGUCAAGCUGGGGAAGGAAACCGUUGACUGGCUCAUGCAACGUUUGAAAGCAAGCUGUCACUGAAAGUUUCCCACAGCAAGCAGUUGCACAGAUUAGCCCUGUGGUGAUGAAGAUGGUUUGUGCUUUGUGCAUUACUAAUAGGCAGGUUCCAACAGUACCACUUCAAUGUCACUGCCACUCAUCAGUGAUGAGCACUGCUCCUGCCCACCACACAUCCCCGUGAAGGAUAAGAGGGCAGCCUGCCUCCAACUUUGUAAAUAGAUGCAUCACCCAUAAAGCAAGGAAGUCGUUUCAAAGACCUUUGUAGGUUAGACCUCAGCUGGAGCACUAGGUCCAUCUCUGAGCCCACACUUUAACACAGAGCCCAGCCCCUGGAGGAAGUGUGGGGGAGAUAUAUCAGUGUGAGAGACUUCAGCUUUGCGGAGAGAUCGGGGAAGCCAGGGUGGGUGUUCCCUGACCAGAGGAGGUUAAGGGGAGAUUGGGUAAAUGGGCUGUGAUUUAAGAAGUGUUUCAUAGAGUAAGUUAGGAGAGCCUGUGUCCGGUGGGAGUGGAGGUCACCAUGUGGAGGGGGAAAGCAAGAGACCCAGAGGGAAGAGGAGAAAUUGGUAAAUUGGUUCAUUAUUGUCACAUGUACCGCGGUACAGUGAUAACUUUGUUUUGCAUGCCACCCAUACAGAUCAUUUCAUUACAACAGUACAUUGAGGUAGCACAAGGGAAAACAAUAACAGAAUGCAGAAUAAAGUGUUAGUGUUACAGAGAAAGUGCAGUGCAGGCAGACAAUAAAGUGCAAGGCUGUAACGAGGUAGAUUGUGAGGUCAAGAGUCCAUCUUAUUGUACUAGGGGACCGUUCAAUAGUCUUAUAACAAUGAGAUAGAAGCUGUCCUUGAGCCUGGUGGUCCGUGCUUUCAGGCUUUUGUAUCUUCUGCCCGAUGGGAGGGGGGAGAAGAGAGAAUGACCUGGGUGGGUGGGGUCUUUGAUCAUGCUGGCUGCUUCACCAAGGCAGCGAGAGGUAUAGACCGAGUCCAUGGAGGGGAGGCUGGUUCCCGUAAUGUGCUGGGCUGUGUCCACAACUCUCUGCAGUUUCUUGCAGUCCCGGGCAGAGCAGUUACCAUACCAAGCCGUGAUGCAUCCGGAUAGGAUGCUUUCUAUGGUGCAUCGAUAAAAGUUGGUGAGGGUCAAAGGGGACAUGCAAAACUUCUUUAGUCUCCUGAGGAAGUAGAGGCGCUGGUGAGCUUUCUUGGCCAAGGCGUCUACGUGGUUGGACCAGGACAGGCUAUUGCUGAUGUUCAUUCCUCUGAACUUGAAGCCGUCAACCCUCUCGACCUCAGCACCAUUGAUGUAGACAGGUGCAUGUGCACCGCCCCCUUUCCUGAAGCCAAUGACCAGCUCUUUUGUUUUGCUGACAUUGAGGGAAAGGUUGUUGUCAUGACACCAUGUCACUAAGCUCUCUGUCUCCUUUCUGUUGGUGUCUCUGAAUGUUUCUAUACAGUGAGCUGCUGUAUGAAGGACUGCCUGAAAGGGCAGUGGUAGCGGUUUCAACGGGAUCUUUCCUCAGGGAGUUGGGUCAGUACCUGAGGUGGGAAGUUUUGCAAGGGCUGUGGGAAAGGACAAUGGGAGUGGGAUGAGUUGGAGAGCACCCAGAGAGCUGGCACAGGCAUGAUGGGCCGAAUUGCCUCCUUUGCCUUCUGGUUCUGGACACGGUACAGACAAUGGAAACCACCAGGGAAGUCUUGGGAAUGAGAGCCCCACCAACAAUGGACGAGAUGGGGAAGGGAAGAAUCAGCCAUUCCAUCAUCGUGCCCGUCCCCAAGCCCCUGCCCCGUGUGUUACAGCAUGUCGUGCUGACCCAAGGGCUUCCUCAGGGCGGGGAGGGUUCCUGCCUCACCUCUCAAUCAGGCAGUGAGACUUAGACCCCAUCUCCCUCUUCUAGACCCCCACCCCACUCUGACUCAGAAGCCGCACCCAUUUCUGUCCCAAACCUCACUCCUAUCUGACCCAGACCCCCACCCAUCUCUGUCCCAAACCUCACUCCUAUCUGACCCAGACCCCCACCCAUCUGACCCAGACCCUCACCCCACUCUGACCCAGACCCCCACCCAUCUCUGUCCCAAACCCCCAUCUUUGUCUGAACUACACACCCACCUCUCUGACCCUGGCUCCCAUUUCCCUCUCCUAGACUCCCACCCCUCUUUGACCCACACCUCAUACCCCUCUAGAUCUCCCACACCCCACCCCUGUCUGACCCACACACUCUACCCUCUCUGACCCAGUCAUCCCAUGUCUGUCCCAGGCACUCGCACCUGUCUGACCCAGGCACCCACCUCUCUCUCCCAGCCUCCUACACUUCAGACGUAGGCAAUCUCAGCUCUGUAAUCCUGCUGUAAACCGAAGCUACGUGUCCACUCCCCAGGGAAGUUUGAGCCUGUCUGGGCCUCUCAACAGUUUCAGUCACCUCGGUGAGGUCUCCCCUCAGUCCCAGAAGCCAGCCUCCAACUGAACUGUCCCUCGUGGUAACACUCUCCAGCCCCACAAGGUCCUGAAUGCCCUUUGCACCCUGUCUGUGCCACGUCUCACACCUGUCCCACAGUGUGGAGACCCGACUGCCAGUACCCCAGCUGGGGUCUGACCAGGGUUUUCUACAGUUCCAGCGUGUUCUCCCUCUCUAACAGGUGACUCCCCAGCCAACAAGGGAACGCACACCAUUGAAGUGAUUAUUUACCUGUCCUGUUACCUUCAGGGAUCAGUGGUAAUGCACUCCCAGCUUUCUGUACCCAACACCCAACCACUUACUGUACGUCCUGGUGCUGCCUUCAGUACAACACCAGGUGCUCCAUAGGACAAAUCCCACACUGCGGAGAACCGUGUGAGUCAUCCCUCUCCUCACCUAUUCCCACCUGUGCCAUGGUCAUCUCGUCCCUGAGGGUCACUGGGGGCAACACACCCUGAAAACUCCCCCCGACCUUGGUUCUGGGGGGAGGUCACAUGGACAGAGGAUUAUUUCUAACCCCUCCGUACGUUCCUCUUCACUUUCCAUGUCUGGAUGUAAAUUUAUAAUGCACUGUCACCUCCUGCUGCCAUGCCAACUCGGAGAUCUCAGCCCUCCGACAGUGCUCCACUCCCCAGAUGUUCAUGGCUCUGCUAUUUGCAGCUGUGCCUUCAGCUCCUGGGGCCCUGAGCUGUGGAGCUCCCUCCCUAGAUUGUCCACCCUUUUCUCUCAGACAUCCCUUAAAACCUUCCUCUCAUCCUAAUGUCGGAUUGUGUCUGGGAACACUGUGGUGACGCGCCUGGGGAUGUCCUCUGUUCAAGGACAAAUCUCUGGAAAAUGCUGUUGCUGUCUAGUUGAUGAUCCUGGUUAUUGGCCCAUGAAGUGUGCAGUACAGGAUACACAAUGAACACCCUCAGCACUGCUCUUUUCCUGGUUCCCUGGUUGAUGCCUCCUUUCUUUGCUGGUUAUUCAGAACAUGACCCCGAUAUCUUAACACACUUCCUCAGACCACACAAUCUUCUUCUUACCACCAGGUCCCAUACUCAAGGUCACAUUUAUUGUUAUAUGUACAUGUGUGUACAGGUGCAAUGAUAAAACUUACCUGCAGCAGCAUCACAGGCACAUAGUAUCAGAUAAGCAGCAUUCUCAAGAAAAAUAAACAUAAAUUAUACACAAAUUUUUCAAGAAAACACAGAGAAAAAAAAGUCCAUUUCAGUGCAAGGUGGCCAAAGUGUUGCUAAACUAGUGAUUAGGGUUGUGCCGGUUGGUUCAAGAACCGAAUGGUUGAAGGGAAGUAGCUGUUCCUGAACCUGGUGGUGUGGGACUUCAGGCUUCUGUACCUCCUGCCCGAUGGUAGCUGUGAGAAGAUGGCAUGGCCGGGAUGGUGAAGAUCUUUAGUGAUGAAUGUGGCCUUCUUGAGGGAGGGAUGAGCCCAUGAUGAGGUGAUAUGAGACCUGGGUGUUGAAUUUUCACCCCAGCCACAGCAGCUGAGGACAAAUCAAUGCCAAAUUUACCCCUCUCAUUAUUUUCCCUCCCAGUAUUUUGCUUUACAAGAUUUUCUUCAGGGAAACCUUUUCUGACACCCAAUACUGAGACAUGGGUGUAUUUAAGGCAGAGAUUGGUAGAUUCUUGAUUGGUAAGGGGAGAAGGCAGGAGAAUGGGGUUGAGAAAAAAAAUUUUUUUUGAGAGAAAAUCAGCCAUGAUUGAAUGGUGGAGCAGGCUUGAUGAGCUGAAUGGCCUAAUUCUGCUCCUAUAUGUUAUGGUCUCAGUGUAAGCAAGGCUUUCUGAGGUUUGUAAAGGAGUUAAUUCUUGUAUCUGAACUGUUGUGUAACUCGGGCACAAGCAGUAGUUCAGCCUCCACAAAUAUUCACACCAUACAGGUGUCAGGCAAUGUCCGUCUCUUGACAGAGAAUCCAAUGCCUAGGCUUGAUGUUCAAUGGCAUUACCAUCACUGAGCUCCCCACUAGAUACUUAACUACACCCAUCACAUAAAUAAUGUCACAGAAACAGGCCCUUCGGCCCAACUCGUCCAUGCCGACCAAAGUGCCCACCUAAGUUAGUCCCAUUUGCCUGCAUUUGACCCAUAUCCCUCUAAACCUUUCCUAUCCAUGUACUUAUCUCAAUGUCCUUUAAAUGUUGUUAAUGUACCUGCCUCACCCACUUCCUCUGGCAGCUCGUUCCACACACCCACCACCCUCUGCGUGAAGAAGUUGCCUCUCAGGUCCCUUUGAAAUCUUUCCCCUCUCACCUUAAACCUCUAGGUUUUGAUUCCCCAACCUUGGGAAAAAAGACUGUGUGCAUUCACCCGAUCUAUGCAUCCCAUGAUUUUAUACACCUCUAUAAGGUCACAUACAGUCCAAGGAAUAAAGUCCCAGCCUGCCUAACCUCUCCCUAUAACUCAGGCCCUCGAGUCCUGGCAGCAUCGUCGUAAAUCCCAAGGUUACAGGAGCAGGUCAGAGGCUGGGAUUUGUACAAGGCACAUCAGCACAGUGAUGAAACACUACAUCUACAAAAUGUAAUUCACACAGGCUACUCUGAUAGAACCUCCCAAACCCGUGAGUGACUUCUCUCACCCAGGACAGGGAGAGCAGCAGGUGCAGGGGAUACCACUACCCGCAGGUUCCCCUUCAAGUCACCCACCAUCCUGUCUUGGAAAUAUCUCACCGGCCCUUCCUUGUCACAGUGUCCAAAUCCUGGAACUCCCUCCCCAGCAGCAGAGUGGGAGCACUUUCACCAGAAGGACUGUAGCAGUUCAAGAAGGCAGUUCACCCUCACCUUCUCAGGGGCAACUGGUGAUGGGCAGUAAAUGCUGGCCUUCUCUGUGAUGCCCACAGCCCAGAAAUAAAUAAUGAUAAACCAAAAUGUGUGGCCCUCCCUAUAUCUGCUAAAUGACUAUGUAGCUGACAAGUCACCCCUGAGCAUAUGCACUAACUUCAGAAAAGAAAAUUUUCAUUUUUGCAGCUUUAUAAAACUCUGGUUACGAUACAUCUUGAGUAUCGUAUUCAGUCCUGGUCACCCUAUUACAGGAUGGGUGCGGAGGCUUUGGAGAGGGUGCAGAAGAGGUUUAUCAGGAUUAGAGGGCAUGAGCUAAAAGGAGAGGUUGGACAGACUAUUUUCUCUGGAGUGUCAGAGGCUGAGGGGAGACCUGAUGGAAGUUUAUAAAAUUAUGACAGGCAGAGAUAGGGUAGACAGCUGAUAUCUUUUUCCCAGGUCGAAAAGUCUAAUUCUAGAGAGCAUGCAUUUAAGGUGAGAGGGGGUAAGUUCAAAGGAGAUGUGCAGGGCAAGAUUUUUUUUCACACAUAGAGUGGUGGGUGCCUGGAAUUCAUUGCCGUGGUGGGGGUGGAGGCAGAUACGAUAGGAAAGUGUAAGAGGCUCUUAGAUAGGCACAGAAUGUGCAGAGGAUGAAGGGGUAUGGACAUGGGGUAGGCAGAAGGGAUUAGUUUGGUUAGGCAUUUAAUAACUAGUUCAGCACAACAAUGUGGGCCGAAGGGCCUGUUCCUGUGCUGGACUGUUCUAUGUUCUAUUCACCAUCUCAGAUCUGCCAAAAGCACUUUACAGCCAAUGAUAUGCCUACAGAAAUGUGGUAAUGCAUGAAACACAGCUGCCUACUAACACACAGCAAGAUCCCACAAAUAGUCAUGUGAUAAGCAACCAAAUGACCUGCUGUUAGUGAUGUUGGUUGUGGGAUACACUGGCCCCAAGAUACUGGAGGGCAUUUGUCUGUUGUUUAACAUACCUGAGAGGGCUAAUGAGGCCUCAGUUUAAUGUCUGACCCAAACAAAAGUGCCUCUUUGACAAUGCAGCACUCCCUUUUGACUUUUGACUUUUUCCUCUCUCUCUCUCCCUCUGUCUGCCUCCAUCCAUCAUUCACCUGUGACAGUCUCUCACCUCCCCUACCUGGUACCGCCUGCCUGUCAUCUCACACCCCUCCUCAGUCCACCAACCACCUCGGACUCCUUUCUCGCCGCUCCUCCUCUCCUCUGUAUACCAGCUGUCUCCCGUCUCCACUCUCAGUCCUGAUGCAGGAUUUUGACUCGAAACAUCGACAAUUCUUCCCCCCACAGAUGCUGCUCGACCAGCCGAGUUCCUCCAGCAGAUUGUUUGUUAUUCCUUCAGCACUGCAGAGUCAGACUAGAUUUUGGAUGUUGGGGCAUCAUUUGUUAAGCUUUACAUGUUUAAUUAAUCAGCUUCGAUUUCCCCACAAUUAACAGUUAGCACACCCAACUAAAAUGUCGAUGUUUAACCUCAAAGUAAGUUCCACUAGGGCGAAUAAAUCAAGUUUGCUGCUGUAAGGCUUUUAAUUUGAUGUGGUCAACAUUGAUUGCUCAGUGAAGUUCCUAUCUGCAAGACAGUUGCAAGAAGGUUUAUUUUAAGAGAAACUUGCAGUGUUAGAUGGUUAAAUGAACAAUCGGUUAGAAGCCCACAGACUUCUGUCAUAGCUUUUCAGUUCCAACAAAACAGGAAAAAAUA